UCCGUGAGUGCGGAAGUAUUGUCGAAUUUGCGCCAAAAUUUUUAUACAUCUUUUGUGUUGAAUCGUUGAGCCGUGUUGUAGAACUAUUCGAACGAAAAUCUAACGCAAUGCGACUAAUAAAAAUAUAUCUGCGAUAUUAUCCACCAGGAAUUGCUCUCAGCUAUAAGAAACGUGAUGUUGAAGAAACUAAAAUGAUAGAUCUUUUCGACCUCACUCCAAGCUGUGAUCUGCAAACGCUGACGAAACAUAUCGCCACUACUGAACCACUGAUAACACAGGAAAUAUUCCCGCAAGUGACCGAGAUCUUGGAAAAAUUACAAAAGAAGCUCAAGGAACCAGUCAAAACCAAGUUCUACCUCUUCAAAACGCUUCAAACGCACAUUCUUCCUCUGACCAAUGUGUCUUUCGACAAGUCGGGGAAAAAAUGCAUAACCGGAUCGUACGACCGAACAUGUCGUAUAUGGAACGUGGAAAGUGGUGACGAAGAAAAAGUAUUGAAAGGACACGAUAAUGUUGUCUUUUCCGUUGCUUACAACUAUCCAAAGUGUAUGACGAAGAGAAAAAAAAUAUCUUCGGAAGCACUAACACACAUUUCGUCCCAUUUCAGCGAUCGAAUUCUUACUGGGUCCUUCGAUAAGACUGCCAAAAUUUGGAAUCCUACUUCUGGCAACUGUUUGAACACCUUGUGGGGUCAUACAGCGGAAAUUGUGGCGGCUGAGUUCAAUCCCAAUCAGGGUGAACAGGUAGUAACUAGCAGCAUGGAUAAUACAGCUCGGGUUUUCCACUGCGAGACUGGCCAGGAAGUCCACCUGUUUGGUGACCAUCGAGCUGAGGUUAUAUCGGCGCGGUUCAACAAAGACGGGAACCUACUACUAACUGCAUCUUUUGACGAAACUGCAAUUGUUUGGGAUAUGAGGAUGAAAGAGCAUGCCAUAGUCAUUCGCGGACAUGAAGCCGAACUGAGCAAUGCAAUAUGGAAUUUUCAGUGUUCUCUCAUAGCCACUAGCUCAUUGGACAGAACGGCGAAAAUCUGGGAUGUACGAAGGCUUGACAACUGUCAAGCCAUCGCUAAUCAUAAAGACGAAGUCCUCGACGUCGCGUUCAAUUGUACCGGAACCCGUCUUGCGACAGGGAGUGCAGACUGCACCGCGAAAGUAUGGGAUGUGACUGGUAAUUUCGAGCUCGUCACAAUCAUGGCGGGCCAUAGCGAUGAAGUGACAAAGGUUACAUUUAGCCCACCGGGAGGACUACUGCUGACGGCUUCAGCCGACAAAACUGCACGUAUUUGGAACUCUGCCACGGGCAUUUGUACACAGACCCUUGCCGGACACGACGGAGAAGUGUUCUCGUGUUCGUUUAACUACUGCGGCGAUGCCAUCAUUACCGCCUCUAAAGACAACACCUGUAAAAUAUGGAGAUGAUACGACUGGUUCUCGGGUCAAGCAUUUAAAAUACUGUUACGACAGAAAUGUAUCAAAAUGAGUGAUUCGCCCCUGAAACGGUAGCUUAUUGCAAUUAGUGCAAUCCUUAGCAGCAAGAUCAGUUGCAGACACAUCCAAUGAAUCUUUUCGUUACGUUGCUUGUUAGCUGACACCGGGUAUAUUGUAUUAUAGUUAUAAUAUAUUUUAUAAUUUUGACAGAGUUUUACACUCAAAGAAAUAAAUCAACAGAUGGCUAAUCGCGUACCACGCGAUCGCGUACCGUACCAGCGGUUUUCAACCUUUUUUGUCCGCGUACCCCUUUGUGAUAUUUUACAAACCAAUUAUACCCUCGAUUUUUUUCUGAAUGAUUUUUCAUAUGGUAAUUUUUGAAAAUAACUGAAUUAAUAUGUAUAAAGUUAGUAGUAGGUACUCUCCAACAAAAUAACAGAAAUUAUGUUCUUGAACAUUUUAUCUUGUGUAAUUUGCUUUCUCCGCAAUUACUAAUGUUUUAUUCGCGUACCACCUGGAGGCUACCCAGUACCCCCUGGGGUACGCGUACUCCAGGUUGAGAACCGCUGGCGUAUCAAAUAUUUGAAAACAAAAAACAAGUAAGAAAUGUUUGAGAUAAUGGUAAAAAAAGUAACGGUAUUAUUAAUACAAAUAAUUGAGAUGCUCGAGUAAAGACAGAAAGACCACGUGUUCAUCGGAUGGAAGUGUGUAGGAGCCGCGUGGUUGAUUUCGACUGGGAAAUAAUUAAGGGUAAAAUUAUAUCCCCAUGUUUGCUGAAAUGAUGCAAACAUGCGGAUAUGUUUCUACAGAUGACGGUAGUUUUCCGAGUCUUGUGCCUUUGAAAAUGCGAAGUCGGUCGUUUGUGGCUCCUACACAAUUGCGCCUUAAAUUAGUAUCCAAUUUGCCACGUAUGUUUAUAACUACCUAUGUAGAACUAGAUGCCAAUAGAAUAGUGUGUAGCACAAUAAUGACUAUACUAGUAAGUAUUGAUCGAUAAAGUGAUAGAAACAAAAAAUGUAGACAACAAUUUGUACCAAAUAUCAUCCUAGUGAUUAUGGAAAAAAACGCUAUAAUGAUAAAUAUAGUCAAUAUACUUUGAAAAGUAAACUAACACAACAUUGUGUUAGGUUUCUUCAUAUUUCCAUUAGAAAAAGAAUUCCUUAACUCUAGUCGUCUAAAUUAUUUUAAAUACUCAAUGUAUCGAUGUUGACAAAAACUGAAUCACUAAAUUCGCAGCGGUAGCAUAGACGAACAAACAUGCUUUUUCGAAAAAAAAUCCUGAAAAAUCUCCGUUCAUCUUUGAAACGUCAACUUAUGCGCCACCAUGUGACACAUUCCAGCGUAAAGCGAUACCAUGAGAAACCGACUUUGGCGUACAUUUUAUCCUGGAUAUUGGAAAUUAGCUUAAAGAACAUGUGAUUAAACAGGUCCUAAAUAAUACCAUCUAAAUGUACUUUCUUAUGACGGGUUGGUUGAGCAAUUUAUCGAAGUUGUAUCAUGUACUGCAACCCGACACAUGUUUCCAAAACAUUUCGGUAUGUCUGUGGUGUCGCGAUACGCAAAACAGUCUCCUGCAUAUUUAGAUUAAUAACAAUUAGUUUAUGCUAUCUCGACCAGAAAGAUAAAACAAAAAUGUAACAGAAGCUGUUAGUUUGUUAUGCGAAAAACAUCUCAGGUUGUGUUUUAAAUUUAAUCCCGUUAGUUGUUAAAAUAACAGAAAUUAUAACAAAAAAUAUUCUAUUUAUAUAAAACCCAUAUCAAACUUUGUUACUAACGUAUCAGCUUUCUAACAUGAUUAGAUAGCAUAUAUAACAGUAUAAUAACAACCAUUGUUAGAAACAACAGGUUUUGAUAG